GCGUCGGCGCACUAAAAGGACGUCACCGUGUGGCUGUUUUGUGUUUAGCAGUGUACUUGAUGUGAAAAACCUCCAAAAAAUGGAAAAGAAAGUGGCAACAGACAACUUGGAAAUGCGUCUUCAGGCACUGGAGACUCGCAUCUAUGGCGAAAGGAGAAGCAAAAGCGGAAGACCAUUAAAGUGUGCAGACUAUUUAGCCAGAAUACAGGCAGGUCUGACCAACACAGCCAACAAGCGAGAACGAGUAAAAAUCCUGCACAAAAAGAUUGAAGACCUUAUGAAGUACCUGGACCCCCAGUUCACUGACCAUAUUGCCGUGCCCGACACCAUGAAGUUGGAGUUCAUCCUUGCUGAGGAGGACUUCCUGCUUUCCCAGGCUGCUUUGCUGGAGCAGGCUAACAACCUGCAGCCGCUGCUGGACAGCUCCUACAUCAGAGAUGUCCCUGAGCAUGCGACUAAGCUCCAGCGUCUCUCUCAGAUUCACAUCAAGCAGCAGGACCAAGCUGAUGCUCAGUGCCAGGAAGUGAAGAAACUUUUUGAGGAGUACAACAAAAUGAUGUUCCUGCUGUCGAAGCAGUUCACUCAGUGGGAUGAGACCCUGAGAAAGCUGGAGGAGGCAAAGGGCAUCCGGCCUGUGGAGUAACUCUGGCCUGCAUGCAUACCUCUGAUGAUGAAGACAUCAACAGCUUGUGCAGCUUUAUAACUUGACAAAAACACAUUUUCUCAAAAAAGUCCAAGCUGAUUCAGCAUUGUAGAUUGUAACUGAAUCAGUUAUGUUGGUGUGGUACAGUUGCUGCAACAAAAAAAUCAUCAGUCGUUUGAAGGAACUCACUCCCCUCAUGUGACAGCCUGGAAUUGCUGUUUUUAUUUAUUUGUACGCAUAGGAGCGUUUUGAUGGUCACAUGUUAGAAUUACUUGUCAAGCAUUCCAGCUUCUCUGCUGCAGCUCGGUCACAAGACUUGCAUCGCCUGACUUGCACAGACAUCACAACUUUAGCAAACCUUUCCUUACAUUUGGUCUACUGACAAGAGCUCAACAGUGUUUCCAGUUGUAAAUGUCAUACAAUAUGAUUGCUUUUAAUCUAAUAAAUAUGGUUUAAUUUGACUAUUCCAAUGUAGCGAAA